GCGGAGCCGGCGCUAGCCCCAGCUGCCAAUCACGGCGAGUAUGAGCCAGGCAGCUGAGCCGCGUUAAAGGAUUACACCAAAUUCAGAGCUAAACCCCACCUCCCCAAUUACUCACAGAAGGCUUUGCUUUGCACAAGAGUAACUUACUAAAAACAACAAGCCAUCAAGUCUGCAGCUUUUUGCAUCGAGAUCAGGCAUUACAGAAUACAAACCCUCCUAGUAUUUCCCUGUGACCAAGCGACUGAUGGCAACUAUUUAAACCCGAGCGGGGCACCUUUCUCCCCGCUAAACAAACAAAAAAGGUCGCGAUUAAUUUUUUGGUGAAAAAAAAAAAUCUUAUUCUUUUUUUAAGAACCGAUCCCGUGGUCUGUUCUCGCUUUUGUUUCUGUUGCUGGGAGAGAGGUCGAGAGGUAGCGCCGUGUGUGUGUGUAAAUGCAUGGCUUGAGUCUUCGUCUUAUGGAAGUUCUGAAUUCGAAAUCUCAGCAAGACACGUGUAAUUUCCGCCACUCAGCGAUGCUUUUCCACGGAAUCUCGGGGGGUGAGAUGCAGGGAGUUAUAGAGGAGAUGGAGAGACGUUCGAAGAUCGAGCCAGCAAGCAGUGCGGGGAUAGACAUUGGGGAAACGGAAACGACCAUGCCGUCCAUUAGCGGCGACAGGCCGGCUCUGUGCGCAGGCUGUGGGGGCAAGAUCUCGGACCGCUAUUAUCUACUGGCGGUGGACAAGCAGUGGCAUAUGCGCUGCCUCAAAUGCUGUGAAUGUAAACUGGCUCUGGAGUCCGAACUGACCUGCUUCGCCAAGGAUGGCAGCAUCUAUUGCAAGGAAGAUUACUACAGGAGAUUCUCCGUGCAAAGGUGCGCCAGGUGUCACCUCGGCAUCUCAGCUUCGGAGAUGGUGAUGCGAGCCAGAGACUUGGUCUACCACUUGAACUGUUUCACAUGCACGACGUGCAACAAGAUGUUGGCGACAGGAGAUCACUUUGGCAUGAAGGACACCCUGGUCUACUGCAGGAUUCAUUUCGAGACUCUGGUUCAGGGCGAUUUUCAGGCUCACUUCAACCACACGGACGUGGGCUCCAAGGGUGGCGCCGCUCUGGGUCUACCCUUCUACAAUGGUCUGAACACUGUGCCCAAGGGCCGGCCCCGCAAGAGGAAGAGCCCGGGGCCUGGAGGAGAUCUGGCAGCAUAUAACGCAGCAUUGAGUUGUAAUGAAAAUGAUGGUGAACACUUGGACAGAGAGCAGCAGUACCCGCCCACGCAGAAGACAAAACGCAUGCGCACCUCGUUCAAACAUCAUCAGCUGAGGACCAUGAAGUCUUAUUUUGCCAUAAAUCACAACCCCGAUGCGAAGGACCUCAAGCAACUAGCACAGAAAACCGGGCUGACAAAGCGCGUCUUGCAGGUGUGGUUCCAAAAUGCAAGAGCAAAAUUCAGGAGGAAUCUUUUACGGCAGGAAAAUGCAGGGGGUGACAAAGCGUCUGAUGGCACGUCGCUGCAAGCAGGAACGCCGUCCGGCCCGGCAUCGGAAAUCUCCAACGCCUCUCUUAGCCCUUCGAGCACCUCCACGACAUUAACUGACUUGACUAAUCCUUCUAUGCCAACCGUGACAUCCGUUUUAACGUCAGUGCCUGGCAGCCUUGAAGCGCCCGACUCGCGAAGCCCCACACAAACUACUCUCACAAACCUUUUCUGAGAACUCUUUUACACGACUCCCACGGAGAAGAGGAAAAUCUUAGUUUAAUUACAACUGUAUUUUUAAUAGAUGCUUUGUACAACUGACUAACAGCACUAUGGAUCUGUACCGAAAAACAGAAAAAGCAAAUCGGGAGAAAAAAAAAAGUUUACAUUCUGCUACGGACAAACUUUGCAGAGUUGAGUUGGAUUCCCUCUUGUGUAACUGUACAGUUUUGUGGACUGAUCAAGGCAAUGAAUUCAAAAAAACGAACCAUGAAAUAAAGUUGGCUAGGAUUUAUGUGUAGUUCUAAGUUUUCAAAGACUGUCAUGUGCCUUAAUAUACUGUCUUAUAAACACACUAUGGACUG